UUGGGCUCAGUCCGGGGAGAGCGCGCGCGCGGGCAGGACUGGGCUCCUCGCAGUGAGCGAGGGAGGGAGGGGGCCGCUCGCCCGGCGGCGACCCCGGCCCGGCCCCACCAUGGGCUUCGAGCUGGACCGCUUCGACGGCGACGUGGACCCGGACCUGAAGUGCGCCCUGUGCCACAAGGUCCUGGAGGACCCGCUGACCACGCCGUGCGGCCACGUCUUCUGCGCCGGCUGCGUGCUGCCCUGGGUGGUGCAGGAGGGCAGCUGCCCGGCGCGCUGCCGCGGCCGCCUGUCGGCCAAGGAGCUCAACCACGUGCUGCCCCUCAAGCGCCUCAUCCUCAAGCUGGACAUCAAGUGCGCGCACGCGGGGCGCGGCUGUGGCCGGGUGGUCAAGCUGCAGGAGCUGCCCGAGCACCUUGAGCGCUGCGACUUCGCGCCCGCGCGCUGCCGCCACGCUGGGUGCGCCCAGGUGCUGCUGCGGCGCGACGUGGAGGCACACAUGCGCGACGCGUGCGACGCGCGGCCCGUGGGCCGCUGCCAGGAGAGCUGCGGGCUGCCCCUGACGCGCGGCGAGCAGCGCGCCGGCGGCCACUGCUGCGCUCGGGCCUUGCGGGCGCACAACGGCGCGCUACAGGCCCGGCUGGCCGCGCUGCACAAGGCGCUCAAGAAGGAGGCGCUGCGCGCCGGGAAGCGCGAGAAGUCGCUGGUGGCGCAGCUGGCCGCGGCGCAGCUGGAGCUGCAGAUGACCGCCCUGCGCUAUCAAAAGAAGUUCACCGAGUACAGUGCGCGCCUAGACUCGCUCAGCCGCUGCGUGGCCGCGCCGCUGAGCGGCAAGGGCGAAGAAACCAAAAGCCUGACCCUCGUCCUGCACCGCGACUCCGGCUCCCUGGGCUUCAAUAUUAUCGGUGGCCGGCCGUGUGUGGACAGCCAAGAUGGAUCUUCCAGCGAAGGGAUCUUCGUGUCCAAAAUCGUGGACAGUGGGCCGGCAGCCAAGGACGGAGGCCUGCAGAUCCAUGACAGGAUCGUGGAGGUCAACGGCAAGGACCUGUCCCGGGCCACCCACGAGCAGGCUGUGGACGCCUUCAAGACAGCGCAGGAGCCCAUCGUGGUGCAGGUGCUGAGGAGGACGCCGCGGGCCCGGAUGUGCACGCCGGUCCCCGAGGCGCAGCUGGUGGACACGGGGACGCAGACUGACAUCACCUUCGAGCACAUCAUGGCCCUGGCGGCCCCCGCCGCCCCUCCCGUGCUGGAGCCCUACCUCCUGGCCGAGGGGCUUCCCUGUGCCCACGGGUACUACGACCCCAGUGACUACAUCGGCGGUGCCCAGCAGGACCUGGACAGGGAGGAGCUGGAGCUGGAGGAAGUGGACCUCUACAGAAUGAACAGCCAGGAUAAGCUGGGCCUCACUGUGUGCUACCGGACGGAUGACGAAGACGACUUAGGGAUUUAUAUAAGCGAGAUCGAUCCUAACAGCAUCGCGGCCAAGGACGGACGCAUCCGAGAAGGAGACCGCAUUAUCCAGAUUAACGGGCUGGAGGUACAGAACCGGGAAGAGGCCGUGGCUCUCCUGACCAGUGACGAACACAAGAGUGUUUCCCUGCUCAUUGCAAGGCCCGAACUCCAGCUGGACGAGGGCUGGAUGGACGAUGACAGGAACGACCUCCUGGACGAGCUGCAGUUGGACAUGCUAGAGCAGCAACACCACCAGGCCAUGCAGUUCACGGCCAGCGUGCUCCCCCAGAAGGCGCACGAGGAAGACGGCGGCACCACGGACACGGCCACCAUCCUGUCCAACCAGCACGAGAAGGACAGCGGCGUGGGCCGCACGGACGACAGCACACGCAACGACGAGAGCUCGGAGCCGGAGAACAGCGGCGACCGGGCGCUGAGCCCCGAGGCCCCGCAGGAGGCCGGCCACGCGCCCGGCCUGGACGCGGAGCUGCGGCGGCUGAGCCGGGAGCUGCGCGGCGUGGAGCUCGAGUGCCUGGGGCUGGUGCGCGCGCAGCGGGCCGCCUGGAUGCUGCCCGACAGCGGCUUCCGCAACUACAACACGAGCGCCGACGGCCGCCGGCCCGCGCUGGCCGACAUCACCGAGCUGCCGGAGCGCUGCGACAAGGACAGCUCGAGCGCCUACAACACCGGCGAGACGGACGCGUCCCCCGACGGCUCGCUGCGCAGGGCGGCGGACGGCGGCCCGGCAGCCCCGGCGCCAGGCGGCGCGCGCCCCGCCACGGAGGACGCCGAGGCGCGGCCGGCAGGUGGCGGCGGCAGCGGUGGCGCGGGCCCCGCGGAGCCGGACGACGGCGGCCGGAAGCGGGCGGCGCACGCGCCCUACCGGCACGCGCACAUCCCCGCGCACGCGCAGCACUACCGCAGCUACAUGCAGCUGGUGCAGCAGCGCUCGGCCGUGGAGUUCGCGCACAGCCAGACGAGCCUGGCCGGCCCCGCCGAGCCCCGGCUGGAGUGGAAGGUCAAGGUCCGCAGCGACGGCUCGCGCUACAUCACCAAGAGGCCGGUGCGCGACCGGCUGCUGCGGGAGCGCGCGCUGCGCAUCCGCGAGGAGCGCAGUGGCGCCACCACGGACGACGACGCGGCCAGCGAGCUGAAGCUGGGCCGCUACUGGAGCCGCGAGGAGCGCAAGCAGCACGUGGUGCGCGCCAAGGAGCAGCGGCGGCGGCGUGCGCUGCUGCUGCAGAGCCGGCUGGACUGCCUGCAGGAGCCGCCGGCCGGCGAGGAGCGCAGGGAGCCGAGCAUCCUGGAGCUGAGCCACAAGAAGAUGAUGAAGCGGCGGAACAAGAAGAUCCUGGACAACUGGAUGACCAUCCAGGAGCUCCUGACUCACGGCGCCAAGUCCCCGGACGGCACCAGGGUGGCCAACUGCUUCCUGUCGGUGACCACAGUGUGACGGCCGCGCACGUGCGUGGCGUGUACAUAGCGGACGCUCCCGGUGGGGUGGACGCGCCUGCCUCGUUCCAUGCGGCAGGUUUCUGUAUAGAAGAGAAACGAGGUCGUGUUUAUAGUCAGACUGCAACUUGGGGGUCGUCGCUCUAUCGUAAGUGGAGAGAAACCGCCCGUAACUGUCUGGGAAGGCACUGUUAACACACACGGCUUUUUUCCAGUAGCGCUGGUACUUUUUACCUUGUUACCUUUACAUACAGCGUUUCAAUGUCCAAAAGAUCUUUUUAUUAAGCAUACUUUCACAAAUUUGUUUAAACUAUAUUCAUAUACGAAAGUUAAACGCUUUUUGUUCUGCGGAAAACACAGAUACAACUGCCAGUAUGUAUUUUUAAUGGAACCCUAUUUUGUAAUGUUACUUUGCUGAAUGUGUUUCAUAUGAGUGACCAUUAAUAUAUUACUUGGGUCAGGGCUUCAACGCAAAACCACCAAACUGGUGAACGAGUUGAUACGCAUAACCAAACCAGCAGUGUUGCAAUGUGUGUUCCAACUCUAAACAUUUUUCUGAUUAAAGUCCCCAAGAGAGUGGAAAGGUUUAAACAGAAAGCCGGGCAUCAUGUAGCUUUAUGGAAGUUGAAAGCAUGUUUGCAAACAGUGCAGCCCGUUGGAAAAAUGUGCAUGUACAGGAACGUUGUGGAUGGAGACGGUUUGGGGGAAUUCUAAGUGUCAUUGUAGUAAACCUUUGCUGUGGAGAUUUGAAGGGACAGACUUUGUACAAGCAAGUUCACAAAAUCAUGACUAGCUGCAAACAUUAAGUAAAAUGAAGUUAAAAUAAAUUAUUUUCUAUUUGA